AUGGGAAACUGUUCAGGAAAGAAUAAUAGAGCAGGCAAGAAAUAUACAAGGAGAAAAUCAAAAGGUGCUAGUUUAAAUGAAAGUAGAAAGCACGAGUUAAAUGAUUUUGAUCAGCAGUUAUAUAGCAACAACAAAUAUGAGAUCGAAAGUGGAGUUAUCGACCCAGAUACUCUCACUAGUCAUCUGGCAUACACCCCCAACACCACAGACUAUAUGAAUUAUAUUGCACCAUUUGAUGAUUCAAGCAAGUUCAUGCUAGCUGUGAAUAAAGAAGUUAAGAUUCUAGACUCUGUUGAAGGAAACGUAUUAGAAACAUUAGCGCAUCCCAAACAAGUGACUCAAUGAUUCUCUUUCAAAGAUGACGAAGGAAUCAUUACGACAUGUAGAGAUGGAAUUGUUAGGAUGUGGAGGAUUGACCAAGAUUCCCAACUACACCAAGAUGGUGACUCGUGAUUCGAACUCAAAGGACAUAAGAUAUCAUGCACUACAGGCUGAAUUUCUCUUGGUGAGACUGUUUUAGCCACUGGAGCAAGAGAUUAUGAAACAAUCCUCUGGGAUCUUGAAGAUGGAAAGAAGACUCAGAGUAAAAGAAUUGAUAGGAAUAUGAUCACUGAUAUGAAGUGGCUUCCAAGUGAUAACAACACCUUCAUUCAGUGUUCUGAAGAUCUUAGACUAAGAUUUUUUGAUAUUAGGGAGGGAUUAGAUGUUGCUCAAGAAACAGUUGUUGGGACUAACUUUGCUGGAAGUUGAGAUAUUGAUGAAUCGGGAAAAUAUAUUGUAACUGGCCACAAAGGUUUUAAUAAUUCAGGAUGAUAUGUUAAAUUAUGGGAUGUCAGAUCAUUCUCUGAUACUACAGUCGAGCCUGUAAUGGAGUUUGAACACUCAUUUUCUGUAGUAUCUGUUCGGUUUCUUUAUACACCAACAAGAAAGAAAGACACACUAUCAAUUAUUUCAGCAUCAGCUGACAAAACAAUAAGAAUUACUGACUUAGAAGGAAACCAGAAGUCGAUUACAGACAGUCCAGAGAGCUUCACAGCUAUGUGACCUCUAAGAAAUGCUGAGAAUUGUACUAGAACCAGUCAACAAGAUACUGAUUGACUUGUAGCGACAGGAAAUACAAAGCCUCAGCUGACUCUUUUCUCAAUUGAUGAUGAUACAUUUAGCAUAGUUCCCAAGCUACAAACGAAGUAAAAUAUUCAACUCUAAA